UGUCAGUCACUGUCAUUCCGCAUUGUAUACAAAUUGAAAUUUGUGAGAAUAUUUUAUUUAUAAAUCUUAAAAAAUUUAAUAUUUCUAGUUUUGAAUAAAACUAAAUAUAUAACAAUCCUAAGAUACUAUUGGUUUUAAGAUAAAAUAUCAACUUCUCGCAUUCAAACAAAGAAUUAUCCACGUUUACCUCGAACUGACAAAUAAUGAGAACUCGUUAAAAUUCGGUGGUACAUGUUUAAUUUUGUGUUAAGUCGGUUAUAAACUAAUUUAAAAUAAAAUGCCUAAAGUAGUAUCUCGUAGCAUUGUAUGCUCUGAUUCAAAAGAUCAAGAAGAAUACAAUGACGAAAAACCCUUGCACAUCUAUUACUGCCUUUGUGGGAAGCUGUCUUUAAUCUUAGAUUGUGAUAUUGAAAAAUUGCCCCUCCGAUCGACCGACGGCGCCAGAGUCAUUGACGGUAAACUCAGGGCACAUAAAUUAACUUACAAUGUUGGUGAAACUGUUUAUAUAGACCGGACACCGAAAGGGAUCGAGAAACAGUUUAGACUUCAUUGCAAAUCGUGCGAUCUUCCUGUUUAUUAUCGGCACUUACCGGAGUCACACGUAACAUUUAUUUUAGAUGGAGCAUUAGUUAAGACCAAAAAUGAAACCCAGUUUAGAUCAUUAAAGCAAUCGGAAGAUAUUAUUGCGGAUCCAAGCGAAGCAGGUCCCUCACAGAAGGUUAUGGUUACGCGCCAUACAAAAAAUAUGGGAAAAUUCAGUUCAGUUACUGUAUCAACCAUUGAUGAAGAAGAGGAUGAAAUCGAAGCGAGAGAAGUUGCUGACAGCUAUGCAAAUAAUGCAAGAAUUAUUGAAAAACAGUUACUUCGAAAAGGUGGUAAGCUGACAGAAGCUGGCGCGAGAACAAAAUUAAAUGAUGAAGUGCCAGCUAAAAAAUCACGAGGAACUCUUUUGGAUAUAUAAAUUUUAUACCUAGUAAAUUGACAAAACUUUUAAUAGAAAAAUAAAAGAAAUUUACUAUAUUUAAGAAA